AUGCCGGAAGAAGCUUUGUAUCUGAUGCGCAUGUGUGGGUCAACUACCCUUCUCAUGGGUUCAACUACCUCGAAGCGUGGAAGCGAGAUUAUGGCACAUGCCGCGACUGAGAGCUACCUUGUUAACGCCUUGCCGAUAUGCAUGAAAAGCAAUCAACCCGUCGAAGUACUCAUUGAUGAGACCUGGGAUAUUGAGCCUAGCAGUCCUGGUAUGAUCCUCUUUACCUCGGGGACAUCGGGACCCCCCAAAGCUGUGGUGCACGCCCGACGUCUAUUCUACGUGGAGUAUGAGCCUAACACGGAGGGCGUUUCUUUGUUAAGCGGAUCUCCGCAGUGGGUCGGUGGUUCUCUUAGAAUCAUUUUGCAUACACUUACUGGAUAUUGCAUGCACAUAGUCCCCGCUAACCCAGAGAUCAUGUGGGAGCGCUUGCGCCAGGGAGGUAUCACGUUCAUGAGCAAUCCUCCGAUGAUGUGGGGUAGAUUGAGGGAUUAUUUCCAGCAGAACCUGGCCCAACGACCGUCCUCGGAACGGGAUCAAUAUCUACGUGGAAUGCAAAAUCUCCGAGCGGCAAAUGUAUCCGGAUCAUCAUUGCCUGAACCGCUUGGAAGGUUCUGGCGAGAAAUGGGGAGACCAUUAACUAUCUGCUAUGGUGCCACGGAGCUAGGCAGGAUAUCUCUGAGGACUUCGAAAGACAGUGAUCCUGACCUCAAGUGCUGUAUUGGUCGACCACUCCCCGGUAUUUCUGUUCGACUGUCAGAUGGGGACCAUGGAGAAUUCGAGAUCAAGAGCCCUGCGAUCUUCUCCGGAUAUCUGAAUUCCCCCGUGGCAACAAAGCAAGCUUUUACCACGGACGGAUAUUAUAGAACCGGUGACUGCGGCCACAAGGUGGGAGACGAUUACGUCUUUGACGGCCGGGUAUCAUCCGACUUUAUCAAAUUCCGCGGGUACCGAGUGCCCGUCAUCGAACUGGAAACGCGACUGAACGAGGUGCCCGCUGUGGCUGAAGCCUAUGUCGUUCCUGUACCAGAUGAAAAGUCUGGGUAUCGCGUGGGGGUAUUGACAAAUUUCGAUUCCAAGCACGCGAACGAGGCUCUGGGCAUGCAAUACAUCCGAUCCCAAUUAUCAGAUAUACUCCCAACGUUCAUGAUUCCGACGGUAUUGCGGGUCUUGACGCCUGGUGAUACUGUCCCACGAACCGCAUCAGGAAAAGUCAUACGCAAAGCUGCUGCAGAGAAAUACUUUCUACGGACAGAUGGCCCUGGAUUGGCUGACGACGUGGAAGUUUGGCUUUUAAAGGCAGAGGAACUGCGGGCCCGGAAGGCGUGGGAUUGGGGAGGUACUCCAAUGAGAGGUUAA